AUGGCUGCUGAACAACAAAUUGUCAAGCGGCAGCAGAAGACAAAUGAUAGAGCAGAAUGGUCGGAAAGGAUCGGCCUGCCACGUCGAUCUCGGAGCAGCUCAACUGGGAGACACCACUCCAAAUCCAACAAUAGCCACAGCUGCCACCACCCAUCCCUCUCUAAACACUUUGCAUCACAGCAGGUGGAUGUCUUGCAUUCCUUGCAAGCAGGGCAGGAGUAUUCUGUGAGCAAUGGCCACAGGUCACCACGAAAUGAAGGAGCCUGCUGCAGUAAACAUCCAAUGAAGCAGUGGUCAGGGAUGCCGAUGGCGAUCAUCAGCAGAAAGGAGGUGCCCGCAGAUCUGAAAGGAAGAUCAUCUACUGAUGAAUUGAGCCAGCAAUGCCAUCAUAAGUCAGCAGCAAAAAUUGCAGAGCAGCAGAGCAUCUCAACCAAAGAGGAGAGCCGAUUCAUUUCCUUUGAUAGACCAGUCUGUUCAGGCAAAGAUAUCGAUCACAUUAUUAGAGGCGAUACCAUGACGGACUCCAGCGUCCCACAGGCCUUGCCAAGCAAAAACCAAGAAGGUCACAGGGCCUCUGUUGAUGGAGACAGCAGAGGUCCUAGCAAGGUGUGCAAUCCAGGCCUAAGCCACAAGUACCAGCCCAAGGUAUUUGAGGAGAUCAUUGGCAAUGAGAUGGUGGUCAAAGCACUCUCAAAUGCCAUCCAGACGAAAAGGGUCUCACCUCUCUAUAUCUUCCAUGGACCCAGUGGGACCGGCAAAACAUCCACCGCCAAGAUUUUUAGCAUAGCUUUGAACUGUGAGUCUCUUUCUCCUUCCAAGCCAUGCUGGAAAUGCACCAGUUGUUCCCGAAGCCUGUAUACAGCAGAGCUGCGCUCUGGAAAUAAAAAUUCUGCUCUUGAAAACAUAAGAACCCUACUUGAGGGCACUACAUUCGUGCAGACAUUUCCUGGCUUCAAGGUUUUCAUCAUCAAUGAGUGUCAUUCUCUGGCAGAAUAUUCCUGGCGAGAACUGCUGGAAAUGAUAGAAGAGGAGAAUUGUGAUGGUUCCCUAGUUGUAAUUUUGAUAACAGAGGAUGCAAAAGCCAUUCCUAGAACAGUCUCAUCUCGAUGUCAGAAAUUUGCUUUUGCCAAGCUCAAAGACAGUGACAUCGCACAGAAACUGGCAACAAUCGCAUCUCAUGAGGGAAUUAAAAUCAGCAAGGAUGCUCUGCAACUAGUGGCCAUAAAAGCUGAUGGAAGUCUCAGGGAAGCUGAGAUCUUGCUGGAUCAGCUAGCACUUCUUGGACAAUGCAUCACCACUUCUAUGGUUCAAAAACUAGUGGGUCUGGUUUCACAUGACCAGCUAAGUCACUUACUUGAGGCAGCACUUGUUGGCAAUUCCCUGGAGACAAUGAGAUGCACUAGGGAUCUGAUCGCACUCGGCGUUGAACCACAGGAUCUUGUGUCUCAGUUAGCUUCUCUUGUAAUGGAAAUUCUAGCUGGGGAUAACCAACCAGAGAGAUUGUGUCGAGCUUUGAAAAUACUUACGGAAACUGAGAAGCAGCUGAUUAUCUCUCCAUGCAACCACACCACCUGGGCUACUGCUGCUCUACUGCAGAUUGCAUCGGGGGACAGCUUCAGUGGCAGUUCUUCAGAUAUCAUACUGCCUAAAGAGACAACCCUAGCAGGAGACAGUUCUGACACAGCAUGCAUGUCGGAUGGGACAGAUAUCAACAAGCCUGGACCCUCUGAUCACAUUGACAGCAAUGCGGUCAGGCAUCAUGCCCCUAAUUCAGUGCCAGAACAAAGUACUAAUGCUGAUAACCUGAAAGAAAGUUUCAAAAGAAUUGAUGUGGAGGAAGUAUGGCACAGCAUCCUAGAGAGGAUCCAGGAUAAAGUCCUAGCAGAAUUCUUGAACCAGAAAGGGAAGCUUGUAUCACUAACUGUCUCAAGAGGCGAAGCCAUAUUGCACUUAAUGUUCAAGAACUCAGAAGAUAAACUAGCAGCUGAAAAGUCUGAAGAAUCCAUCUCAAAUGCCCUUAAAGCUGCUCUUGGAUGCCCGGUCACUGUGAAUAUCAGUCAUGAACCAACACAGCUAGAAUUUGUGAGUACAAAAUCCACAACUUACAAUGAAAAGCAAGCCCCAGAUUGUACCCAAAAACAGAGAACACAAUUUCUUCAAAUAUCCAGACCAUCCAGUAGCCUGGAUGGCAGAGGGCUUGUUCUGAAACGAAGCAUGAGCCAGAAUUCUGGGUGUACAUUGAACAGUAAUUGGAGGUCCACAAAACUGCAGAACAGCAGGCAAAUGCAAGCCCACAAAGAAAAACAUAUUAGCAGAAUAAUCAGAGAAAGCAUAGCCUGGAGUCCAGAGAUACCUCAUAUCUCUGGUCACUUGACUGAAGGAUGUGGAGAUAGUCUCAUCAAAGAUCCUGAAAUGGCCUCCUAUAAGCAGAGAUGGCUGUCGAUAUCAUCAAUACAACAGGGAGAUGCAAGCGUUGAGCCAUACAGCCAGGAUUUGUUGUUUGAGGAAGCAAAAGCAGAUAUACAGAUGCAUGCAAAGAAUUCAAAGCUCUACAAGGACCUUUUAAAGCUGAAACAACAAAGCAACAGCAUGAAAUACAUGUAA